AUGAUGCGCUCCUCCCAACCCGGGCCCAGCUCCCCGCCCAGCGUGCCCUACAACACGCGCCCCUCAACCGACAGCCUCAGCCCGCGCGCCAGAUGGCUCCCGCCGCCCCUCACACCCUCCUCAUCGACCGAGUCCUCCGUCUCCGCCUCCACCUCAGCCUCAAUCCCCACUUCAACUUCAAUCCCAACUUCAACUUCAACCUCGCGAUCGACAUCGACAUCGAACCCGCCGCGCGAGUUCACGCCGUUCAACCAGAUGAUCGCGGGCGGCUCCGGGUCCGGCGUGCUCGGUACCGCAUCGUCAGGCUUGGAGGGAUUGAAGACGAUAUUGGAGGCCGUGGAUACGAUGCCGUUCGUUAAGUAUUUGGCGUCGGUGGGGAUACAGUUGUUGCAGUAUGUCAUUGAGGCGCAGAUCACGAACGAUAUGUUCAAGAGCCUCGCGUUCCGCGCGAAGGACGUUAUCGUGGCUGUUGCGAGGUCGUGCCAUGGGAUGCAGAGUAUGGCUGUUCAGCUGGAGGACGAUCUGCGUCAACUCACGAGCACGAUGGACAGCAUCCUCGCCUUCGCAUCCGAACGCGCAAGCCGAAGGACGUACCAGAAGCUCCUGAGCAAGGCGGACGACGCGGCGGCCGUCAAAGCGCUCAACACGCAGCUUACACAUGCGUUCCAUAUCUUUGAGAUCCAAUCGAGCGUCAGUACGCGACUCUUACAGGCUCAGAUGGUACAACAACUAUCAACACUGUCCGUUUCGCCCCAACCCCCACAACACCCCCCAUUCGUCCCGAACUGCACCCUCCGCAUCCGCGAAGGCAUCUACCUCAUAACCAACGCCUCCACCAGCCACGUCAUCGAGACGGUCGACCACAAGCCCUGCGGCGGCGGCGGCGUGCACACGUACCUCGCGCCCUCGCGCGGCGGCCGGCUGCAGACGCAGCUGUGGUCCGUGCAGAAGAAGGCGAACAAGGACUUCGAGUUCAUGAUCCGCAGCGUGGGCACGGGGCUGUGUCUGGACGUGUUCUUGAAUACGAAUCGGCAGGGGAGUAAGGUCGUGGCGCAUAGUUGGAACGGAGGGGGGAACCAGACGUGGGGGUUUUGGGGGACGAGGCAGGGUGUUUCCGAGGACUACUGUACGAUCCGCAGCACAGGCCUCGCGACGAUCCUCGACGGCCUCUGCCCGCGCGACCGCUCAAAAUGCGACGAGCUACACGCAACAGCCAUCCCGCCCUCCGGCCCCACACCCUCCCAAGAAUGGACCCUCACGCGCCUCUCCUCCCUCCCCU